GAAACGAACUAAAAGUAAAUGAAUCUAUUAAGUAAUUUUAGAUUUAUUAGAAAAAUCGCAACUACUUUGUUACUUUGUUUGCUGCCUUUUGUUUCUCAAAGUAAUCGAGAACGAGGUUAGGAGCUUAGGAGCAGUACGCAGAACCGCGCAUGCGCUCUUAAGGGGGGCUUGCCUUACCGAGCGGCGUGCGCUCGCUAUCUGUUGUAGCUCGCUGAAUUCCUGCAGGGGAGUAACAAUUUCUUUUUGUGUCGUUGAUCUCCCUCCCCUGCAUCUUGGUAGCAGUCGAUAGAAGCACGGGUGAGCCUUUCCGUUGGUACUCUGUGCUCGGUCCAGUGGAUGGAUCCAAGCAUCGGCUGGUAUCAGCCUGAACAUCACGGGCCGGCUCUACGACUCUGGAACUCGGUCUGGGAAACCCAGCAAGGCUUAGAAACGAUGGAUCUCAACAACUCCAGUUUGCGUGCUCCGGACUACAUACCCCUCUGCAGCACAACGGACAGUGUCGCCGACCAGAGGAAGAACGUGAACGGUCGCAGCGACGUGACAGCCGGAACUGACAAGUUUUACAACCCGACCAAGCGAAAAAGGGAGAACCGCGCGAGUACUUAUGCUCUCAAUAAGAACCUCCAUCUGAUCAGUCAAUAUGGCGGCACGCCGUGGAGAACUGGAGGGAAACGCUCCCGUCCUGGCAUUCUCGGGUUGCACGAUGAAAUUGAGGAGUUCUACAGGUACAUGCAGCCCUCUCCAGCUGAGCACGAGAUGCGGUUAGGGGUCAUCCAGAGGAUAAAAGAAGUCAUCUUGUCACUCUGGCCCCAGGCAGAGGUGGAGAUAUUUGGCAGCUUCCGAACAGGCCUCUAUCUUCCAACGAGCGACAUCGAUGUGGUGGUUCUUGGGAAGUGGGAAACCCUGCCCAUGUGGACACUUGAAAAGGCUCUGCUCACUCACGGCAUUGCUGAACCCCGGUCAAUAAAAGUCCUCGACAAAGCCUCUGUUCCAAUUGUGAAGUUGACAGAUGCCAGAACCACCGUCAAGGUGGACAUCAGCUUCAACAUGAACAAUGGCGUGAAAAGUGCUCGCCUGAUAAAGUCCUUCAAGGAGAAGUUCCCGGCUUUGGCCAAGCUGGUCCUGGUGCUGAAGCAGUUCCUGCUGCAGCGCGACCUCAAUGAAGUGUUCACGGGCGGCAUCAGCUCUUACUCUCUCAUCCUCAUGACAGUCAGCUUCCUGCAGCUGCACCCCCGUGGCGGGGAUGGCCCCAACCCUAAUCUGGGCACGCUGCUGCUAGAGUUCUUUGACCUGUACGGAAAGCACUUCAACUACUUCCUCACGGCCAUUCGUGUCAAGGACGGCGGUGCAUACUUGCGCAAGGACGAGCUGUUCCGAGACACUGGCGACGCUUUCCGUCCCUCCAUUCUCUGCAUCGAAGACCCCCUGACCCCAGGCAACGACAUUGGCCGCAGUUCGUAUGGUGCACUCACAGUGAAGAAGGCCUUUGAGUACGCCUACAUGGUUCUCAAUCAAGCUGUGCACUCGUUCCACCCAGCCAUUGUGGACACUAAACAAAGUAUCCUGGGUAGAAUCAUCCGGGUGACGGACGAGGUCAUCCAGUAUCGGCACUGGAUCCAAGAGAAGUUCCCUGUAGACAAUGGUGGGGUCGGAGGGCUUCCUGCACUGCUUCCCCUGGAAACUCAUUCCAAUCAGCAGGGGUCCAACAGCAGACUACAGGGCAAGAGGACGCCGGGAAGUACCAACGAAAACGACAGCAGCCCGGCCUCGUCCAACGUCUCGUCGGCGGCCCACUCGUUCAGCAGCAGCCCCCAGCACAGCUCGUGCUCGAGUGUGGGCAGCGACACUGUGAGUGGCACAGCGUGCCUUGUUCACUGCACACGCACCAACGCUGCGCCUGGUGUCUGGGUUCAGGACUCUGACCCUGCGUGCGAGCCCGGCUCCGAGAGGGCGGCGGGCAGCAGUCCGGUGGGUCUGGAGGGCUCGGAGGAAGGCCGGAGUUCGAGUGUCGCGGGCAGUGCAGCCGCCCCGGCCAACCGCUCGUUCUUCCCCAAGCAGCGCAAGUUUUCGGCCGGUUCCACAGACGGAACAAUGGCCCAAGGAAACGGCGACCACGGCUGUCGCAACUACAGCCGGCGGCGGCGCAACUCUGCGCGACCGCCACACGAAACGCUCCUGGUGGCGCAGGGGCUGGUGCACAGGGACGUCUACACCGUGGGCUCAUUUAGGUAGUGGGGUUGCUCAUUGGGCUGUGCACUCUGGGGCUGGCCCCAGCUGCAGACUCUCAUCGGGCUGCGUCGAGCUGCAGCCAGACAUUGGCCCCGCCAGCCUUGUGGCAACGUUUGUCCGGUUUUUGGUUUUUCUUAAAACUCGGUCACUGCCCUGCUGUGGCCCACGAGGGUGGACUCCUCGAGGAGGACCGGCGAGGGAGGCCACUGGUGUCUGCACCUCGGUGCACUUGACUGCGGACUGUGCAGGAGCCUCGUUUGGUUGUGCCACACCUGCUUUGCAACUGGGCAGCGUUCAGUUCCAUUGGAUAUUUCCAUUGAGUUUUUUGUCGCGUGUACCUGUGUCAUCGAUUGUGUUGUACGCAGUUAUUUAUUUGUUGUUGUUUUUUUCCAGUGAAUGAAUGAGUUUGUAUGCAUAUGUGUCGAAAAAUGUAAAAAAAAAAAUAUUCAAAAAUGUUUCAAAGUGCUGGUAUGUGGAAGGAGCACAAAAAAAUUACUAUGCAUUUAUGCAGUGGAAGCAACUGCUACGCAAUCUGCCAUUCUUACUUUGGCCAUGUGAGCAUCUGCGCUGACAUUUUUUUUAUUCGUAGAAGGUUUGUCUAUGAAAGUUGUCUAUGUCCAUAUUUAUUGCAAUUGUUCAUGAAUGCGAAUGUGUGCUGUUUGUACAUAGCACUGCUUAUGGCAUAUACAUAGAUAUAUUGCUGUAAAUGCAAUUCUUUUUUAAAAUUGUGUGAGGGAUUUUUUUUUUGUAAUUUGUAAAUAAUUAUUGUGUGCUGACUGAUGUAUGUAUGUGCUAGGUUUUGAAAUUUUUUUUUUUUUAACUGGCUGCAUUUUCUUUUUUUAGCUUACUUUUCUUGUUUCAGGCUACGCUUUGGGAAGUAGAAAACUUUUGAGAUCCGAGAGACAUCUAUUGUUCUUUAUUUACACAAGAUUUUGUCUUCAGUGUUUUUUUUUUUGUUUUUUUUCCCCAUUCCAAGUUUUAAUAAUUGUGUUGAAAAAGCUUGCAGUCUAUGCUGUAGACCUCAAAACUGUCUGGGGAGAUCACAAGAAGAAAUACUUGUGUAAGUGUGCAAAUGUCUUUUUUUUUUUUUUUUCAGUGUUAAUUGCAAUCCCCAGCAGUCUUUUUCUCACCAUGUACUUGCUUUACAUUUGAUUUUUUUUAUUUCACCUCUUCCCCUUCCUUGACAAAAAAAAAAAAAAAAUUGCAUGCCAGGAAAGCUGUUUUGCUAUUUCUAAUACCAUGUGAUCCCAGCAAUGGCUAGAAAUGUUAACGAGUUAUUUUUUUUUAAAGAAAAUUUUGCUUAAAAUACAAAAUAAGCUUGUGCUUAAAAAAAAAAAAAUUUUUUUUUUGAUUGACCAUGUAUAGUAUAAAAAAGUUUUUUUUUUUUAUGACGGAGGUUAUAUUUGCCUAGGCAUUAUUGAAGUUUUGGUCUUUGUAAUAGCUGCAAAUUGUCGACCUUAACGAGUAACAGGCUUUCCAGGUUUUUUUUUUUUGCACUUCACCGUUCCGAGAGUUUGGCGCAGGUAGACAGGGGGAGGGGGGGGGGGGGGGGGGGGGGGGGUUAUCGAGAUGAGGCUAGUCCAGGUUGUUUUUUUUGGUAUUGUGCCAUUAGGAUUUUGCCUGCCUGCCUGCCCACGUGAUGUGCUGUGUGCCCCAAAAGAGGAGGCACACUAUUUUUUUUCCUGGACUUGAGUUUGUGCUUUUGGACUGUGGGUGUCCACUGGCGGUCUGCUUAUUCACCCUGCGCUUCCUCGGGAGUUUCUCCUCCGCAAAGGGGCGGUACGAAGCCUAUUUUACGACACUGUAUUGGGUUUAUUUGGCGACCAGCGUGACUAUAGUGGCACAGUCCUCUCUGCGAGGAAUAUUGGUACACCUCAUUCUAGCGUGCAUAUUAAAAUUGCAUCCUUUUGCUUUUCAUGUCUCCACAAAGGUCAUCCUAGUCACAAGAAUUGUGGGGACUUGUGUCUCGAACCAAGAUAUCAUUGUGUGUGAAAGAAAAAGUCCGACCAAUUGUGUUACUUAAGACUCUACAAAAGCAUCUACGACUAUGCACUGUAACUACAUUUUGCCGAGAGAUUUUAUCAGUGAUGCUUUAAAAAAUAAAACGAAACGGGACGCCACACAAUGAAGGCA